UGUGGUCAGGGGUUAUGGGUUGCCCGUUAGGCGUUGUGGUUAUGGGUUGUGAUUAGGGUUAUGGUCGGGUUUUAGGGUUGUAGAGCUGCCAUCAACCAAUCAGUGAGCUCUAAAAGGAGUACAGGAUGUCACCAUGUCACUUGAUUUUGUUGUGGUCACUGAGUACCAACCUAUCACUGAGGACCAAUAAUGCUAGCCUUUCUAUUAGUCAGAUGUGAGGAGCUGGAGCCGUCCUACUGGUGGUUAAGGAGGAAAUGAGGGGGAAGUGUGUUCCUUCCCACUCCUCCCUCCUCUGGUUUCCCUUCAGAAAGACAAGAGAGUUAUCAAGACACUGUAGAGCCCUAGACACAGAGAAGUACAGACUACAGGACUACUACAGACCAGUACAUUACUACUACAGACCAGUACUUUACUACUACAGACCAGCACAGGAGUACUACAGACUACUACAGACCAGCACAGGACUACUACAGACCAGCACAGGAGUACUACAUACCAGCACAGGAGUACUACAGACCAGCACAGGAGUACUACAGACCAGCACAGGAGUACUACAGACUACUACAGACCAGCACAGGAGUACUACAGACCAGCACAGGAGUACUACAGACCAGCACAGGAGUACUACAGACCAGCACAGGAGUACUACAUACCAGCACAGGAGUACUACAUACCAGCACAGGAGUACUACACACUACUACAGACCAGCACAGGACUACUACAGAACAGCACAGGACUACUACAGACCAGCACAGGAGUACUACAGACCAGCACAGGAGUACUACAUACCAGCACAGGACUACUACAGACAGGCACAGGAGUACUACAUACCAGCACAGGAGUACUACACACUACUACAGACCAGCACAGGAGUACUACAGACCAGCACAGGAGUACUACAGACCAGCACAGGAGUACUACAGACCAGCACAGGAGUACUACAUGCCAGCACAGGAGUACUACACACUACUACAUACCAGCACAGAAGUACUACAGACCAGUUUGGUGACAGUGGAACCAGCAGGAUCAUUUUGAUGGGAAUCCCAGACCAGAGGGCUGUGACUGGACAGUGAGUGACCCCAUGCCUCUGAGUCCGGCUGCCAACGCUAAGCAUGACCCCCCUGAUCAUCCCCGGCAACCAGCCGCUACCAAUGGCAACCAGCCAGGUUCCGCCAUUGCCAGGGACGACGGGAGGACUUCCUCCCCAGAUCCUCCUGACGAUGGCUCUGGAAACAGCAUCGUCAUCCGUAUUGGCAUCCCUGACCUGCAGCAGACGGUACACGCAAACACGCAAACACGCAAACACACAUAUGAAAACUCUUACCUAAGAAAUUGAUUAAUAAAUUCACAGGUGUGUGAAGAAUGUCGCAGGUGUAAUGAACUUCGUCUGUUGUUUGAAGAGAGUCAGACCGAAAUGCAGCGUGUAGGUUACUCAUGACUUUUAAUGAAGAAAAUGCGGUACAUGAAAUAACUGAAGAAGAAAACAACAAAGGAGUGAAACUAAUUACAGCCUAUCUGGUGACUAACACAGAGACAGGUACAAUCACCCACGAACUACCACGCGCACUCAGGCUGCCUAAAUACGGUUCCCAAUCCGAGACAACGAGAAUCAGCUGACUCCAAUUAGGAAUCGCCUCAGGCAGCCAAGCCUAACUAGACACACCCCUAAUAAUACACACUCCCAAUUAAUACAAACCCCAAUACGAAAUACAACAUAUAAACCCAUGUCACACCCUGGCCUACCCAAACAUAUAACAAAAACACAAGAUACAAUGACCAAGGCGUGACAGCAGGAGGAGAUGGCUGCCGUUUUACUGGCUCUUAACCAAUUGUGCUGUUGUGUGUGUUUUUUCGCGUUAUUUGUAGCCUACUUUGUUUCUGCCACCGUCUCUUAUGACGAAAAGAGCUUCUGGAUAUCAGGACAGCGUUUACUCACAUUGUACUGGACAA